GCGUGCAGGCGUGCAUGGCAGCGUGGCGGGUGCGUGGCGCUGAACACGCUGAUCAAGGUGGUGGCGGUGGACACACAGGCCGUGCAGCGCCAUCGCAACACCAUCGUCCAUCCAAUGCGUCAAGGACUGGGGCAGUGCCAUGAGGAGGAGGGCGUUGGAGCUGGUGUGUGCGCUGGUGAACGAGGGCAAUUUCAAGGCGCUCACCGCACUCGCGAGCUCUUGGACUACCUGCGUGCUGCUGACUCCCACUUCAAGCCCCACCUCACCUCCAACAUCUGCGCCCUCGUGCAACGGUACGCGCCCAGCAAGCUGUACCAUGUGGAGAUCAUGCUGCGAGUCAUCACCGAGGCGGGGGAGUAUGUGACGGAUGACGUCAUGCACUCCUGGUGGUGGGCAUCAGCAGCGCGCCUGCGGCAGGAGAGUCUAGGCGCGGUGGCGGUGUGGUGUCUGGGCGAGUUCGGGGAGAUGCUCGUCAACAACUCCGCCCUGCUGCACCAACACACGCCCCUCCAGGUGCCUCCCUCCCUUUCUCCCUCCCUCCCGCCCUCCCUCCUCCCGCCCUCCCUCCCUCCCGCCCUCCCGCCCUCCCUCCCUCCCUCCCUCCCUCCCUCCCUCCCUCCCUCCCUCCCUCCCUCCCUCCCUCCCUCCCUCCCUCCCUCCCACCCUCCCUCCCUCCCGCCCUCCCUCCUCCCGCCCUCCCUCCCUCCCGCCCUCCCUCCCUCCCGCCCUCCCUCCCUCCCUCCCUCCCGCCCUCCCUCCCUCCCUCCCUCCCUCCCUCCCUCCCUCCCUCCCUCCCUCCCUCCCUCCCUCCCUCCCUCCCUCCCUCCCUCCCUCCCUCCCUCCUCACUCCCUCCCGCCCUCCCUCCGCCCCUCUCCCUCGUCCGCCUUUGCUCUUGUGCACCCAUUAUCGUCCUCAGACCUUCUUCCUCGGCCACUCUUUCUUCCUGUGUGUGCGUGCAUGGUGGGGCGGGGGGCAGGCGCAUGAAGUGGUUGGAGGAGCAGCAGGGGCGCAGCCUGGUGUUGGAGGUGCAGCAGCGCUCAGUGGAGUUCAGCGCCGUGCUCGCCCGCCACCACAAGAUCAAAGCCACGCUGGCAGACAAGAUGCCAGCACUGGAUGAGGUGGCGUACCGCUCCAAGUGCGCUGACCUGGCGCCCGACGCAGCGGCGCGGGCAGCAGCGCCAACAGGGCAGCCGUCAGCCAAUGGCGUGGCGGCAGCAGGCAGGGCGGCGGGGGGAGUGCGGGCGGCAGCAGCCCCCCAGGCGCAGCCCCACCAUCAGCGCCACCGACUCCAACUCCUCGCCCUGCCCCUCUCUGGCUUUGGCUUCCAAGCCACCGUGCCCAAGUUCAUGCAGCUGCAGCUGGAGGCGGCAUCAGGAGCCGUAGUGCCGGCCGGCAACGGCGGCAGCGUGACACACACAAUGCGCGUCACCAACACGGUGCAUGGCCAGGUCAGUCGUUGUGCAUGGGCAGGUGAGCACAUGCAUGGGCAGUGA